CGCGGUGGCAUUAUUAUUCAUGCACGACGUUCCUCUACAUAGUUUUUAUUUUAAACUUUAAGGUACGAAGACCUUCCGAAGCUUUUUAAGCUGAAUACAAGUGCUAAAUAUAUAUAUAUAUAUAAUCCACUAUAAUUGAGUUAUACGUUACAACAGUGAAAUUUUAUUAAGACACCGGAGAGAACCGAACGAUGGAGUGUUUGUAAAUAUUAACUAUUUUAUUAAAGUUGAUAACAAUCCAUUCUGAUAACAACUGAAUACGUGGGACGUACAUUAUCCUGCCAGUGGUUACAAAGUUACGCUCGUAAUUAUCGUGUUUUGAGAAUUAUUUACAAGAUGACAACAACAAAUGGAAAUAGUGACACGGUACCAAUAAAAGGCGUCCCGUGUAAUAACAGAAUUGAAGCUCUCACUAAACAUUUUUAUGAUGAAUUUGGAUGCAAACCUACAUAUUUUGUUCGAAUACCAGGUCGAGUUAAUAUUAUUGGUGAACAUAUUGAUUACUGCGGCUAUCCGGUGUUGCCCAUGGCAUUGGAACAAGAUAUUUUAGUAGCUGCCGAUCUUACAAAAGAUUCAAAACUGUAUCUACGAAACAUAAAUAGCAAAUAUGAAAAGUUUGACCUCAAAAUAAACCCGUUUGAAGACAUCGACAUUAAGCCCGAUUCUAAUGGAAAACCAUUUUGGUAUAAUUAUGUGCUAUGUGGUAUAAAAGGAGGUUUGGAGUUCAUAAAUAAUGAAAUUAUUCACGGAAUACGUUUAUUUGUUGAUGGAAUAAUUCCUCCAGCAUCAGGACUCUCCAGCUCUUCAGCUUUAGUCAGUGCAGCUUGUUUAGCCUUUUUGUACGCGCAAGGAGCGAGUUUAAAUAAAAUAGAAAUAGCAACUCUAUGCGCAAAGAGUGAACGAUAUAUUGGAACACAAGGAGGCGGUAUGGACCAAGCUAUAGCAUUUCUAGCAGAAAAAUAUAGUGCUCAGUAUAUUACAUGGCAGCCUUUGAAAGCUACACCCGUUGCUUUACCAGAAGAAGCAUCCUUCGUCGUUGCACAUAGCUUAGCUGAAGCCAAUAAAGCAGCUACUAACGACUAUAAUCGGAGAGUUAUAGAGUGUAGAUUAGCUGCUCGAAUCCUUGUAACUUCCUCUGGUGCCACUGCAAAUAAAAAGGUCAUAACUCUAUGUCAAGCGCAGAACAUUUUGGGCAAAACAUUAACCGAAAUGGUAGAUUUAGUGCACGACUUUUUACCCAAAGAAAUUUACACUAAGACUGAAGUGUGUAGUAUUUUAAGUAUAGAUGAAAAAACAAUGAAUAAUUUAUAUUUAACACCGAAUACUAGCCAUUUAAACGAAUUUAAAUUAAAACAAAGGGCUCUUCACGUCUUCGAAGAAGCCUUGAGAGUUGAAGAUUUUCGCAAGACGUGUACGCAAUCUACUGUUAAUGGAAAAACUGCUCAUACUAAUGGAUCAAAUGGCGUAACCAAAGAUGUCUCUGAGAGUACCAUAGUCAAGCUUGGCGAGCUUAUGUGCAGUAGUCAUGAUAGUCUGAAAAAUCUUUACGAAUGCUCACAUGAAAAUUUAGAUCGACUUGUAGACAUAUCACGUAAAAUGAAUGUACAUUGCAGACUAACAGGAGCAGGGUGGGGAGGCUGUGUUGUCGCUUUAUGUCCUAAUGACAGGGUCAAUGAAUACAUUGAAAUGCUAAAAGAUGAGUUUUACGUAAAACAUUGCGAUAUUGAAAAAAGCAAGGCCAAUGCCUACGUUUUCGCAACGACACCAAAUUACGGAGCUAUCAUUUACGAUAUUAGAUAUUAAGAAAUUUUUAUUUUAUUAUUUAUGAAUUUGUAAUUAAUAAGGUGCCGUUAUUUGCGUGUUUUUGUUUAUAAAUUAUGUAACGCAGGCUUAGUAAAUAACCGAUACUGUAGUCAUGAAUUUGCAUUUGAAUUAAAAGUUAAAG